ACAGACCAGUCUGCAUUCUAGCGAACCCUCUCACUCAAGCAGCAGCAGAGGCACUGGCAGUACGAUCAAGGCCCCACGGUUCCUCCUUCAGUAUCCACAGACAAACUCCGUUUUCACACCAGCUGCCUACUCCAGGCAUGGCUGACGGCUGUACCCAGUCAUGGCACUGCGACAUUACACCCUCGACUUCAACCUCUCAGCGCCAGGUAAAUUGCACACACGGGCAUUCGCUAGAUUACGAACGGUUUCAGCAGAAUAAUACGAAAUGCUCUGAGACCAGGUUGCACUACAGGACAUGGGGCGGUUAUAUUUUCCCUUUGCGCGUCUAGCUAACUACUGUACGUUAGCUAGCUAAUCGUUGUCAAUACGCGUAGUCUGUCCAAUAUACUUGCAUAAAAAUAAUAUAGAUAGCUAGCUAUGCACGAUUAGUGGGGGUUUUUCUCGGAGGACAUAACUCGUUAAUACUGAGUAAGAAUUGAUCUAGCUAAAUGGCAUCCGCUAUCUUAAUAGCUAGGUAGCAUAAUUCCAAGUCACUGGUUGCCAGCAGAUUGAUAUGACCUUUCGUGCAGUUGCUAGGUAGCUAGCUAGCUAGAUUAGCAAAGCCAUGUGUCUGCUGCUGCGCCUGUCUGCGUGACUGGACAGACAGUCAAACUGCGAGUAGCUAGCUAGCUAAACAAUGGUGACCAUGCUUAUUGAUGAGGCUAGCCAUCAAUAAAUCAUAAGGUCCCAGUGGCCAAUAAUGGGUUUGAAAUCCAUAGCCACUCAAUGUAAAAAGGCUUGCAAGAUGAAUUUCCUAGUUAAAUUAGGCUCCUGCCAUAAUUUUGUAUUAAUUUCAGCCAACUGUCUGGUCUGCCUGUUAUGGUGCACACUCAAUCAAGAAAAGAACAUACAGUCGCUAGCUAGUUAUCUAGAUUAUUAAUCGUAAUUUUCUCCUACAAUUAUAGGUGGUUGUUACAAGGUACAGUACCGGUGUGUGCAGUAAGAGAAAUCCAUUCUCCUUUACCUAGCAAGAUAUCACCUACUUAAACCUGUACAGGGACUGCAGUCAUUUGCCCUCUCAAACAUACCUGAUAAAUUGGGGGUGGAAGAGGCUCCCAGGGCUAAUCCCCUACCUAGCAGGCCUACUUACACUAGGAGCUGUGAAACACAGAUGUCUGAGCUAUAGCCUACUUCUCCCGCCCAUUUCAUUUAUCGAUCAGACUGGGCAGAAAUUAAUCUGGGACUGCCCUCAGGGAGAAUGGGCCAUUAUUGGUGAUUCUGUCUGGAAGAGGAAUUUAAUGAGGGGGUUGUGUUUUGGUCAUAACUGUGUUACUACUGUUAUUUUACUGCUGCUCUUUAAUUAUUUGUUAUUUUUAUUUUUCUCUUUUUCUUAUCAAUUUUUUACUUAACACUUAUUUUUCUUAAAAUUGCAUUGUUGGUUAAGGGAUUGUAAGUAAGCAUUUCACUGUAAGGUCUACACCUGUUGUAUUCGGCGCAUGUGACAAAUACAAUUUAAAAUUAAAAUAAAAAAAUUGAUUUGAUUUGUUCUCACCAUAUAUGCCCCUCCCCUUUUCUGUUUAGCUGACUGUCCUUCAACUGUGCAUGGGCUGCAGUCUAUAUUUCAAGAGCAGGAAAUGACAGAAACUGUCCAUGACACGGAGGGACAUGGAUACCUUGCUACCUUCAUUGGCAAGAAUGGCAGGUAGGCACCAGUUCCAUCAACACUGUCAUCAUUAUUUAUGUCACAAUCAAUAUAUUUUGUAGAAUAAAUAGAAUUACAUCUAGUAUAUAUUUUUUUGCUUUUCAAAAAGCCAAAGUGCUACAAUAAAAAUAAUAAGAACACAUAAUAAAGCACAGGAGACAGUCAAUAAUGGGGAUGUAUCCAAACUAUUGAUAGAUAACAAGCUACCAUACUAUGCUUUGCACAGGGUUUUUUGAGUUGAAGAUUAUAUGGUCAUGGUUGCAAUCUUCAAAGAUAAAAUGGGAAUUUGAGGCACUCCGUAGGGCAGGGUGCCACUAGUUCAAGGUGAUGUAUGGGCAAUUCCAUGGUAACAGAGUGAAAAUGUGAGUCUCUAUGUCACUUUAAAAUGUAUGCCAAACAAAAACAUUGAUUGCAAAUUUUAACACACCAUAUACCUACAGUGGGGAGAACAAGUAUUUGAUACACUGCCGAUUUUGCAGGUUUUCCUACUUAAAAAGCAUGUAGAGGUCUGUAAUUUUUAUCGUAGGUACACUAUAAAUGUGAGAUGGCAUCUAAAACAAAAAUCCAGAAAAUCACAUUGUAUGAUUUUUAAGUAAUUAAUUAGCAUUUUAUUGCAUGACAUAAGUAUUUCAUACAUCAUAAAAGCAGAACUUAAUAUUUGGUACAGAAACCUUUGUUUGCAAUUACAGAGAUCAUACGUUUCCUGUAGGUCUUGACCAGGUUUGCACACACUGCAGCAGGGAUUUUGGCCCACUCCUCCAUACAGAUCCUUCAGGUUUCGGGGCUGUCGCUGGGCAAAACGGAUUUUCAGCUCCCUCCAAAGAUUUUCUAUUGGAUUCAGGUCUGGAGACUGGCUAGGCCACUCCAGGACCUUGAGAUGCUUCUUACGGAGCCACUCCAUAGUUGCCCUGGCUGUGUGUUUCGGGUCGUUGUCAUGCUGGAAGAGCCAGCCACGACCCAUCUUCAAUGCUCUUACUGAGGGAAGGAGGUUGUUGGCCAAGAUCUUGCGAUACAUGGCCCCAUCCAUCCUCCCCUCAAUACGGUGCAGUCGUCCUGUCCCCUUUGCAGAAAAGCAUCCCCAAAGAAUGAUGUUUCCACCUCCAUGCUUCACGGUUGGGAUGGUGUUCUUGGGGUUGUACUCAUCCUCCUUCUUCCUCCAAACACGGCGAGUGGAGUUUAGACCAAAAAGCUAUAUUUUUGUCUCAUCAGACCACAUGACCUUCUCCCAUUCCUCCUCUGGAUCAUCCAGAUGGUCAUUGGCAAACUUCAGACGGGCCUGGACAUGCGCUGGCUUGAGCAGGGGGACCUUGCGUGCGCUGCAGGAUUUUAAUCCAUGACGGCGUAGUGUGUUACUAAUGGUUUUCUUUGAGACUGUGGUCCCAGCUCUCUUCAGGUCAUUGACCAGGUCCUGCCGUGUAGUUCUGGGCUGAUCCCUCACCUUCCUCAUGAUCAUUGAUGCCCCACGAGGUGAGAUCUUACAUGGAGCCCCAGACCGAGGGUGAUUUACCGUCAUCUUGAACUUCUUCCAUUUUCUAAUAAUUGCGCCAACAGUUGUUGCCUUCUCACCAAGCUGCUUGCCUAUUGUCCUGUAGCCCAUCCCAGCCUUGUGCAGGUCUACACUUUUAUCCCUGAUGUUCUUACACAGCUCUCUGGUCUUGGCCAUUGUGGAGAGGUUGGAGUCUGUUUGAUUGAGUGUGUGGACAGGUGUCUUUUAUACAGGUAACGAGUUCAAACAGGUGCAGUUAAUACAGGUAAUGAGUGGAGAACAGGAGGGCUUCUUAAAGAAAAAAUAACAGGUCUGUGAGAGCUGGAAUUCUUACUGGUUGGUAGGUGAUCAAAUACUUAUGUCAUGCAAUAAAAUGCAAAUUAAGUACUUAAAAAUCAUACAAUGUGAUUUUCUGGAUUUUUGUUUUAGAUUCCAUCUCUCACAGUUGAAGUGUACCUAUGAUAAAAAUUACAGACCUCUACAUGCUUUGUAAGUAGGAAAACCUGCAAAAUUGGCAAUGUAUCAAAUACUUGUUCUCCCCACUGUGUGUAUAUACAGAAAUCUACUUUUAACAAUUGCCACAGAAAAUGUUACUAAAACACAUUUCCUUGAGGAACAUUGCAGAUCCUAAGUUUGGUAACAGAAUGACAGUAAAAUCUCCCUCAGUUUAUGUGACUACGUUUUCCAAAAACUUGGUUAAAUAUCUACUCUGAAUUAAGAUUCAAAGAUGUCUGCAGAAAGAAUGGGAUGGCAGCUAUGACAUCUUGAGUUUGAAAAAAAUCUAUUUUGGUUAUUUUGAACUACAGUAAGUGAAGUGGAUCAACACCCAGCAACAGAAUGAUGGUAACAGGAUUACAUCAUGGGUCCUGGAUCUGUACUCUACAGAAAUGCCUAAUUAUGAAUGUCAUUCUCUUCAUGAAAGGUACACAAAGGUAGAACAUUUUAAUAUGCUCCUUUGUAUGUUUGGGUAUUAUUUAACACACUGGCUAUUAUUCUAAUGAGCUCUGCCCCCAAACAAGACCACAUUUGGUUGGUUCAUACCGGACCAAAUCUGUACCAAUCAUAGACAUCUAUGUUUAAUACGUUUGGACAGAUCAGUACAGCAGCGCACAGUAUUGUACAACAAAUCAAAUUCACAUUGAAACUGCAAUAUUGACAUUUGAAAUAUCCAAAUCGCAAGAGAUGGAAACGCCACUCAGCCGUGUGUAAUAUCCGUUUUUAUAGUUUACUCUGUUUGUCAUGUCUCCCUCUCCUCUUGUGGCUGCUUAUAUUCACCAUAAGUUUGCAUGCUGUUCUGUUAGGUCAAAUGCAGUCAACAGAUUGAUCCAAACUAGAACGAUGUUGCUUUCCACUGCUUCCUAAUAUAAAUAAUUAUUAUAUUUCUAUAACCACAUUUCCAUCCAACCUUUUUACGCAAGUAAAGUACAUGUUGGAUAAAAAAUGUCACGACAGGCCUGAUGGAAACAACAGCAAAUUUGUCGGUAAACUUUCCAAAUGUAGACUAAACCAAAUACACUAGACAAGGUAGGUUAUUUUUGUGUCUGAAAUUAAUUAUGUGAGAAAUGGAGGUGGAAGCACCUUUAUGCGCAAAUAUUGAUUAUAAUAACCAUCAUAUUGAAGUAAACUUGGAUUCACGCAAAAAUAUGUUGUGUGGUCCAACCACUACGACUCGGGAAAGCAUGCAGUUUAUUAGACUACAGAUUAAAUAAGUUAUGAUGAACUUCACAGGGUGGUGAAAGUGCACGGUGAUGAGCUUUACGCUCUUUUCCAAUAAAUAUUGAGGGUCUUAUUUUGGUGACAUGAUGAUCGAUGCUUGGCUGCCGUGUGACAAAUAUAAAGAAUCGUGCUAUUUUGUCCAUAAUAGUCUCAUGUGGGUAGCCAACCCGCACUGUAUCUGUGAGCUGUUGACUAGAGUGCACGUGCCAAGACCAGAGUGGGCACCGUCACCCCCUUUUGCCCUCAGAACAGCCUCAAUUUGUCAGGGCAUGGACUCUACAAGGUUUUGAAAGCGUUCCACAGGGAUGCUGGGCCAUGUUGUCUCCAAUGCUUUUCACAAUUGUGUGAAGUUGGCUGGAUGUCCUUUGGGUGGUGGACCAUUCUUGAUAACCCAGCAGCGUUGCAGUUCUUGACCCAAACCGCUGCGCCUGGCACCUAUUAACAUACCUGUUCAAAUGCACUUCAUUCUGUUGUCUUGCCCAUUCACCCUCUGAAUGGAAAACAUGCACAAUCCAUGUCUCAAGGCUUAAAAAUAUUUGUUUAACCUGUCUCCUCCCCUUUACCUACACUGAUUGAUGUGGAUUUAACAAGUGACACCAAUAAGGGAUAAGAGCUUUUACCUAGAUUCACCUGGUCAUUCUGUGUCAUGGAAAGAGCAGGUGUUCUUCAUGUAUAUCGCAAUUCGAUUUUUUGCCCAUAUCAUGCAGCCAUAAGUUCUGUACAGUAGAGCACAGUAAAGAAAAGUAGAAUAUAGUUAACUACAGUCCAGUUGAGUAUAUUACAUUAUACUGUACUCUACACGUGCUCUACUGUACUGAACUCUACUCCAGUGGUUUUCAACCGGUGUGCUGUGGCAUACUCAUGUGCCCUGAGGAACUCUCAGGUGUGCUGCAAAACCUUUCCUAAUCUUGAUAAAAAAAUUUGAACACACUUAUAAACGUGACCUGUGGAAUGCACAUGCAUUUUUGACUUGGGAGCACCAAUGCCACUCAAAUAAUACAUUGAAUAGCACAUGGUUACAUCUAUCUUUGUUUCAAGUCCGGUGUGCUGUUGUAUAAUUUGGGGGCACGCAUCACGAACAAAGUCAUCUUCUGCUUGGACAGCGCCAUCUUUGCCACUGACUUAGUCUGGUUUAAUUCCAGUUUGUCUAAAAAUUAAUAAUUGAUAUGUUGGAUUCACGUCUCCAUCUCAUCCAAAAAUCUAAGUUAAAGAAAAGGACUAAAUCAAAACUUUAAAUGCACUUUAAAGGUGCAAUAUGCAGAAAUAGUUCGCCUACUUUCAGUUUGUGUGACAAAACAAGCAUUCGUUGGGUAGGGAAUCAUUGUACCAUCUAAACCGCUGUGAAAUAUAUUUUCCAUAGCCAAAAAUAUUGUAUUUUCAGCUGCUUCAAGCUGGUGUACAAAACUGAAAGUAAAAGACGCAAAAACUAAACUUAAGAAUGGGAAGCAUAGAAAUAGAACAGAUCUGCUGCUUCUUAGACUUGCUUUCAAUGAGAAUGACAGAUCUAUAACUCUAAUUUGGUCAGGUCACCCCAAAAGUUACAUAUUGAGUCCUAUUCUUUAACUUAAUAAAAAUUAAAGAAUAGGAUUAAGCCAGUAGCUCAGAUGAAACUAUCGAAGUAUAACAUAUCCUUUAAAUGUUGCUAUUUGGUUGUGUUUGUCAACCAAACAGAAUUAAACAAUACUUUUGUUAUACAGUAAGGCGGAGAUAAGUUGCAGAGACUGAGACACACAUGCCUAGCCCGCAGCAGUGGAUGCAUCAAUUCAUACUACAAGCGUAGUGGGCCUAAUGACAAUUGUCGAAUGUCAUUACACUAUUAGGUUUUUUUCUAACUGAUUUCUCUUUCCAUUCAUUAAAUUGCGGGUGCACUGUUGGGAUGCUGGAAUUAUUUUGUGAGUGGACAAACGUGCACGGGUAGCCAACAGGAGCGGCGCUUGAAGUGAUUGUUUGACAGUCAGACGAAAACGCCAUGACUGGUUGUGUUUAUGCCACAUUUUAAAGGUAGUACAUGAUAGAAGUUAAAUGACAAACCUUUACUAGGCCCACAGAGAUCAUACUAAAUAGGGGUUGAAUAGGGGUUCCUUAUGUACAUCUAUGACCCAUUGUUCAUGCGGUGGGCGUACAUAUAUAGGAGGACGUGAAAUGUACUUUCACCCCUGAAUGUAACAGUAUUUAUUCAACCCUUAACAUGAGUAACGCAUCCAUGGCCACAUUUUGAGGUUAGUUUACUGUAACUAUACAUGUCUUCUUAUGCAAUCAUAGAAAGCGUGCAUGUUCAAGAUAGCAUGCGAAGGUCGCAGGUCUGUGGAGAGCGUCACAAUUGCUGUAAUAUUGGGAAUUCAACAAACUUCUGGCUGUCUUUUUGAAUGGGUGAGUAAAGGUUGAAAUCUCGUUUAUCAAUUUCUCAACCAAAUAUUACCCAAAUUUCCGUAUUGAAAUGACGUGGUGUGCCCGAUUUGGUAACAGUGACGUGUUUUAAUUACUUAAUUAUUCAUAAAUAAAAUUAUCAGAAAAAACACUAACUAAUUGGUAGGUCUACCUUUUACUUGUUACUUUUGUGAACUUCUAAUAAAAAGCAUGAGAUGGCACACACCCAAAGAAAUGAUUUUGUGUAGAGGUGCUAACAGCGAAUAAACUGUAAGCUAUAAAAAUAGUUGCCCACUCUAUAUAUAUAUAUAUAUAUAUAUAUAUAUAUAUAUAUAUACCAAUUUGUACGUCGCUCUGGAUAAGAGCGUCUGCUAAAUGACGUAAAUGUAAAUGUAAAUAUAUAUGAACUCCCAGUAAUUUAUUGGGUAAAACACCAACGUUUCAGCAUCACUGUGCCUUCUUUAUUGUCUGAAGAAUUACUGGGAGUUUAUACAGUGAGGGAAAAAAGUAUUUGAUCCCCUGCUGAUUUUGUACGUUUGCCCACUGACAAAGACAUGAUCAGUCUAUAAUUUUAAUGGUAGGUUUAUUUGAACAGUGAGAGACAGAAUAACAACAAAAAAAUCUAGAAAAACGCAUGUCAAAGAUGUUAUAAAUUGAUUUGCAUUUUAAUGAGGGAAAUAAGUAUUUGACCCCUCUGCAAAACAUGACUUAGUACUUGGUGGCAAUCACAGAGGUCAGACGUUUCUUGUAGUUGGCCACCAGGUUGGCACACAUCUCAGGAGGGAUUUUGUCCCACUCCUCUUUGCAGAUCUUCUCCAAGUCAUUAAGGUUUCGAGGCUGACGUUUGGCAACUCGAACCUUCAGCUCCCUCCACAGAUUUUCUAUGGGAUUAAGGUCUGGAGACUGGCUAGGCCACUCCAGGACCUUAAUGUGCUUCUUCUUGAGCCACUCGUUUGUUGCCUUGGGCGUGUGUUUUGGGUCAUUGUCAUGCUGGAAUACCCAUCCACGACCCAUUUUCAAUGCCCUGGCUGAGGGAAGGAGGUUCUCACCCAAGAUUUGACGGUACAUGGCCCCGUCCAUCGUCCCUUUGAUGCGGUGAAGUUGUCCUGUCCCCUUAGCAGAAAAACACCCCCAUGUUUCCACCUCCAUGUUUGACGGUGGGGAUGGUGUUCUUGGGGUCAUAGGCAGCAUUCCUCCUCCUCCAAACACGGCGAGUUGAGUUGAUGCCAAAGAGCUCAAUUUUGGUCUCAUCUGACCACAACACUUUCACCCAGUUCUCCUCUGAAUCAUUCAGAUGUUCAUUGGCAAACUUCAGACGGGCCUGUAUAUGUGCUUUCUUGAGCAGGGGGACCUUGCGGGCGCUGCAGGAUUUCAGUCCUUCACGGCGUAGUGUGUUACCAAUUGUUUUCUUGGUGACUAUGGUCCAAGCUGCCUUGAGAUUAUUGACAAGAUCCUCCCGUGUAGUUCUGGGCUGAUUCCUCACUGUUCUCAUGAUCAUUGCAACUCCACGAAGUGAGAUCUUGCAUGGAGCCCCAGGCCGAAGGAGAUUGACAGUUAGUUUGUGUUUCUUCCAUUUGCAAAUAAUCACACCAACUGUUGUCACCUUCUCACCAAGCUGCUUGGCGAUGGUCUUGUAGCCCAUACCAGCCUUGUGUAGGUCUACAAUCAUGUCCCUGACAUCCUUGGAGAGCUCUUUGGUCUUGGCCAUGGUGGAGAGUUUAGAAUCUGAUUGAUUUAUUGCUUCUGUGGACAGGUGUCUUUUAUACAGGUAACAAACUGAGAUUAGGAGCACUCCCUUUAAGAGUGUGCUCCUAAUCUCAGCUCGUUACCUGUAUAAAAGACACAUGGGAGCCAGAAAUCUUUCUGAUUGAGAGGAGGUCAAAUACUUAUUUCCCUCAUUUAAAAUGCAAAUCAAUUUAUAACAUUUUUGACAUGCGUUUUUCUGGAUUUCUUUGUUGUUAUUCUGUCUCUCACUGUUCAAAUAAACCUACCAUUAAAAAUAUAGACAGAUCAUUUAUUUGUCAGUGGGCAAACGUACAAAAUCAGCACUCACUGUAUAUAGCGUGCGACUCUCUAUUUGUUUUUAACUUCUGUGAACUUCCUCAUGAGGGAGAGAUUAUAAAAUAUAAAGAUGUUGGUAACAGAAUGACAAUACACUAGGCAAUAUUUCUUAAACUUACAGAAAGCAAAUAAUUUCUGCAAAACUAAAUAUAAAUGUUGAUAUUAGUUGGCAGGGGUCUUUACUUCAACAUUAUUGUGUUUUGAUGUAUUUCUAAUACCUUUUUAAGACUUUUUCUAGUAGAUGUUUUCUACGACCCCUUUUCCAUCUGUGUGACCAGAAAUCAAAGCCUUUGCUUAUUCCUUAUUUUUAAGAUGGAAAAUGGUUGGAAAACGUAUCAAUGCCGUCAUUUCCCAAAAAUAUACUCUUACCUUUCACUUGACACCAAAUGUGAUAUGCUCCUAUAAACUUCACAUGUUGGUGCUCAUGUGUCCUUUUACAUGUAAAUGACUGUAUCUGAACUGUAUUGAUAGAUGUCAUCUUAGAUCAGCACAAUCGAGGUUUAUGCAAAAUAGAUGUAGGCGUAACAGAAGUUCCAAACACUAGUUAGCUCAACAGUGUAAUAUUUCCUCAGCAAAUACUCUAACGUCAGAUAUCUGUCAAGGUUAGUUUGGAAUAAAAGGAAUGCUAUACAGGCUGCACAAAAAUGUUGUUCUAAUUGAGAAAUAUUUAAUGUGUGUGAGGAAUUUGUAAAAUCCCAGUUAUUUUUACCAAUACCCAGACUGUCCAAUGGAAACACCAGGUGUGUUCCAGUGGUCAGACACCCUUUAGGAAGAACAUUGAUUGGCCAGUUAAGUGUAUCAUUGGUACAACAAUGGCUUGUGUUCAGUUGAACGCAUAGCCCUUUAGUGGCUUUGUGUAUCGGAUCUAAGGGGUUUGGUGCUUCCUGUUUUGUGUGGUGAGUGGUAAACACAGCUGGUGAGGCAUUGUGUGGGCCUAAGCCUGCAUGAAUAUGGCUGCCCGCAGCAACACAACACAUCAUUUUGGAUAAAAAAAUGCUCAACCUUCAGCUGCCCCUGGAUCUCCACUGUGCUUUCAGAAAUGUUAGGUCAAUAAUAGGUCACAACCUGUAUUAUGCCACAGCUGUAGCCUAUAGGAUAUCUGCUACUUAUGAGCUCUAGGUUUAAGGAGAGAGAAGUGAGUGAGAGGUUAUAGCCUAGAAUCAAUGCUGUUCUCCCCACACUUUAACUCUGUUUGUCUGUCUCUCUGUUUGUUUGUCUGUCUCUUUUCAGGUUGGUUAUUCUGCGUGUGCACUCCCAUGGUCUGGUUACCGUUGAUCUGCAGUGUUGUGAAGGAGAUAACAUUGCACAAGUAGAUAACGUAGGUGAUGAAAUAAAUAAUUGUCUUUGCACUGGACCUGCUUAUAUCCAUACACAAUAACGCAAAUAUUACAAAUAUAUACUAUUUAACAGACCUUCUGAAUACCCUGAGUAGGACACCUUUCCAUGAGUUCAAUACUGCAACACGUGGCCAUAGGCCUUUGGACUAUUUGACAUUUAGGAUAUUUUGCUUAAUGUAACGUUAGGAUAUGCAAAAUAAUAAAUACGAUUUUUCUGUUUUCUCUCAGCUUUUGAAUGCACUGGAAAAGAAGCUGAAAAGUCUCCUACAUGGAAACAUUAGGAGGGUCAAGAGGUAAGCCUCGAGUGGUGGAUGAUCAUACUGUAGUGGCCUUGUUGUGUGAUGACUGGAGAGGUACACAAGCUGUAGUGUGAAAUUAUUACCCUGUAACCAUCUGUCAAUGUCUCCAUGAUGCCAUCAUGAACAUGAUUUCUACCAUUCCCCCCCUUCCCCAGGCUCCCAGCUCUGACACGAGGUGCAGCUGUUGAUCGAUACUGGCCCACAGCCGACGGCAGACUGGUGGAGUAUGACAUAGAUCGGGUUGUAUACGAUGAGGACUCUGCAUACCAGAAUAUAAAGAUCUUGCACUCACAGCAGUUUGGCAAUAUCCUGAUCCUCAAUGGGGAUGUUAGUAAGUAAAAUAUAACAUUCCUACCAGAGUAUGAGCACUUCUUACGGUCAUCUUUUCAUGUUUAUUAAAAUACCUUUCAUUCAAAUCAUAUGGUUUGAUUUUAAUACUUUAAAACCAAAUGGUAGGUCCAGGUAGUCACAAAAAUAGAUGGGUGUUGGUUUUUAAUGAUUGGAGCAAAUUUGGAGCGGCAGUUUUUUUUCCUGUGAGCUUGGAGCGGUUUUUACCAGAGCGGUUGGAAUGGAUUUCCGACCACUCAACUCUGUACUCUGAUUCCUACAGGCCUUGAUUUAAAGGGAUAGUUCACCCAAAUUACAAAAUUACAUAUUGGUUUCCUUACUCUGUAAGCUGUCUAUGGAUAAGGUAUGACACCAAUCCAUGCUUUGGUUUAGUUUCCCUGGCACUGUUUCCAAAUGCUAUCGUUUUAGCAUUUACGGCACAAAUCCCAUUUAAGUCAUGGUACCGAUAUUAGCGUUUUUUGCACAUGUUCUAAUCAUCUGUACGUGAUUUUGUUGCGCUUCACAAUAUAUUUUACAUACUUUCGGAUGAUUUGGACAUGAUGUGCGAGAAUUGCAUGACUUAAAUGGGAUUUGUGCCACACAUGCUAAAACAUUAGCAUUUGAAAACCGUGGCAGGAAAAUCAAAACCAGGGCAUGGAUUGCUGUCAUACCUUGUCCAUAGACUGCAUACAAGGUAAGGAAACCUAUGUGUAAUUUGUGUGAAUUUUUGAUACAAUUGUUAUGAAUUAUUCCAUCACUUACUGCUCAUGUAUAUCAUUGUAAUUAUGUUAUUUACUGUUAUUGAGGUCACUAUUGUAGUUUUUCGUGAUUGAAAUCUGAAUCUAAUAAGAUUAACAUUUGACUGGGUUUCAGUAAUGGCAUAUCUGAUGAUAUUGUAAUGUAAUUAUAUGGCAUAUCUGAUGAUAUUGUAAUGUGAUCAUAUGGCAGAUCUGGCAGAGAGUGACCUACCCUACACCCAGGCCAUCAUGGGCAGAGGGAAAGAGAACUAUACAGGAAAGGAGGUGCUAAUCUUAGGAGGCGGUGAUGGAGGUAUCCUCGCUGAGGCCGUCAAACUCAAGCCAGAGAUGAUCACCAUGGUGGAGAUAUCCUUUCAGGACGCUGCUUUUCACGUCUUUCUGUGCCCAGUUAACAGAUUGCUUCAGGGAUUUGCACCAAAAAUAUUUUAACACUAACCUUGGAUCAUUUUUCUAGACGUAACCCGGUAGGACUAUCUGGUCUGUGAUCUAUCCAUGUGCCUGGUUUGUAAUGCCUUGACAAAGUGUCUACAUCGACCAAAUGGUGAUUGAUGGGUGUAGGACGCACAUGAGGAAGGCUUGUGGAAGUGUUCUGGACAAACUGAAGGGAGACUGUUACCAGGUGAGGAUUACAGUGCUGUCCAUUGCACUUUUCCUUAGUAGAGAUGGAACAUUUGUAAUUUGCCCACUACUCUUGAAAGAGUUGCACCGCUCUGUAUUGUCUUGUAUGUUACUACAAGGGGUUACCAUGACUGUAUUUCCAGGUGUUGGUAGAGGACUGUGUUCCGGUUCUGAAAAAGUAUGUUGAGGAAGGGAAGACGUUUGAUUACGUCAUCAAUGACCUCACAGCAGUUCCUAUCUCCACAGCGCCAGAGGAGGGUGAGUGACAGAUGCUCUCAUGGGGUCCUCUUGGACAUUCAUUUCUAACUGUACAAUGAUGAAUACCGGUAUGGCUCAUGUAAAGAGGCACUGCAUUGUACCUCAUUGCAAAGAAUUGAUCUGAUUUAAGAUGUGGACAGUGUAAUGUUAGCCUGUUUCUUGGAUAGGAGGAAAGACGCUUAUAUGAAUCGCUCACAUAACUGAUUGACAGAUGGUUUACUCUGUCUCAGACUCUACAUGGGAGUUCCUACAGCUUAUCUUGGAUCUCUCAAUCAAAGUACUGCGUCCUACUGGGAAGUACUUCACACAGGUAAGACGGCCUUUCCCAUAUUAGCUGAAUGUUUCAUACAGUCACUCUACCACUGUGUGGAAUGCACCUCUUACUCCUCCUGGUGUUAUGAAAUUGAUAUUACUAUCCCUACACAUGAUCGACUUAUGAUGUCUGUCUCUUGGGUCUUUGUUGUUCAUGAGAGACAAGUUUAUCCUAGUGUGACGUUUUUAAUGACACAUACAGUUGAAGUUGGACGUUUACAUACACUUAGGAGCCAUUAAAACUCUUUUUUUUCAACCACUCCACAAAUUUCUUGUUAACAAACUAUAGUUUUGGCAAGUCGGUUAGGACAUCUACUUUGUGCAUGACACAAGUAAUCUUUCCAACAAUUGUUUACAGACAGAUUAUUUCACUUAUAAUUCAUUGUAUCACAAUUCCAGUGGGUCAGAAGUUUGCAUAUACUAAGUUGACUGUGCCUUUAAACAGCUUGGAAAAUUCCAGAAAAUGAUGUCAUGGCUUUAGAAGCUUCUGAUAGGCUAAUUUACAUCAUUCGAGUCAAUUGGAGGUGUACUUGUGGAUGUAUUUCAAGGCCUACCUUCAAACUCAGUGUCUCUUUGCUUGACAUCAUGGGAAAAUCAAAAGAAAUCAGCCAAGACCUCAGAAAGAAAUUGUAGACCUCCACAAGUCUGGUUCAUCCUUGGGAGCAAUUUCCAAACGCCUGAAGGUACCACUUUCAUCUGUACAAACAAUAGUACGCAAGUAUAAACACCAUGGGACCAUGCAGCCGUCAUACCGCUCAGGAAGUAGAUGCGUUCUGUCUCCUAGAGAUGAAUGUACUUUGGUGCGAAAAGUUCAAAUCAAUCCCAGAACAACCGCAAAGGACCUUGUGAAGAUGCUGGAGGAAACGGGUACAAAAGUAUCUAUAUCCACAGUAAAACGAGUCCUAUAUCGACAUAACCUGAAAGGCCGCUCAGCAAGGAAGAAGCCACUGCUCCAAAACCUCCAUAACAAAACCAGACUACGGUUUGCAACUGCACAUGGGGACAAAGAUCGCACUUUCUGGAGAAAUGUCCUCUGGUCUGGUGAAACAAAAAUAGAACUGUUUGGCCAUAAUGACCAUCGUUAUGUUUGGAGGAAAAAGGGUGAGCUUGCAAGCCGAAGAACACCAUCCCAACCGUGAAGCACGGGGGUGGCAGCAUCAUGCUGUGGGGGUGCUUUGCUGCAGGAGGGACUGGUGCACUUCACGAAAUAGAUGGCAUCAUGAGGAAGGAAAAUUAUGUGGAUAUAUUGAAGUAACAUCUCAAGACAUCAGUCAGGAAGUUAAAGCUUGGUCGCAAAUAGGUCUUCCAAAUGGACAAUGACCCCAAGCAUACUUCCAAAGUUGUGGCACAAUGGCUUAUGGACAACAAAGUCAAGGUAUUGGAGUGGCCAUCACAAAGCCCUGACCUCAAUCCUAUAGAACAUUUGUGGGUAGAACUGAAAAAGCGUGUGCGAGCAAGGAGGCCUACAAACCUGACAGUUACACCAGCUCUGUCAGGAGGAAUGGGCCAAAAUUUACCCAACUUAUUGUGGGAAGCUUGUGGAAGGCUACCCGACAUGUUUGACACAAGUUAAACAAUUUAAAGGCAAUGCUACCAAAUAAUAAUUGAGUGUAUGUAAAAUUCUGACCCACUGGGAAUGUGUUGAAAGAAAUAAAAGCUGAAAGAAAUAAUUAUCUCUACUAUUAUUCUGACAUUUCACAUUCUUAAAAUAAAGUGGUGAUCCUAACUGACCUAAGACAGGGAAUUUUUUAAUAUAAUUAAAUGUCAGGAAUUGUGAAAAAACUGAGUUUAAAUGUAUUUGGCUAUGGUGUAUGUAAACAUCUGACUUCAACUGUAUAUUUUGUUACAUAAUUGCUGUGUGGUCCAUGUUUUAACCCAGAGUUGUGUGUCCUCAGGGAAACUGUGCAAAUCUGACUGAGGCACUGGCUCUUUAUGAGGAGCAGCUGGGAAGGCUCUCGUGUCCUGUGAACUUUUCCAAAGAGGUGGUGUGUGUGCCCUCUUAUAUGGAACUGUAUCCUUAUAAAAAGUAUUGCAGUUAUCAGACACUUCUCCCAUUUAUAGCCAGACAUAGUCAAACAUUCAUACAGAGACGUGUGGUUGUUGUUUGCAUGCAAUUCUCCUUAACGAGCUGACUCAGGUGGGUUUUCUACACCGUUUGGAAGAAGUAAAGAGCUCCCUCUCUCCUCUUCAAGCCCUGCCUGCCGGAAUGUGAAAACUGCCCCCCCCCCAUGAUCCGCCGUCGCACUGAGGGGAGAUAUGACCCCCCCCCACACACACACACA